UGCCCCGAAGGUCCCCCCAAGAUGCUCGGGAAAUAGUGCUCGGGGCUGCACGUGGCAGCCCCCGGGGACUCGGUCCCCAGAAGGUUCGCGCAAGAUCGUUCAAAGACUCAAAGGGCCCCGUCGCCAGAGUAUCAUCCAGUCAAGGGCCCGAUGCCGCAUUUAAUAGGCGCGCGUGGCCUGGCAUUCUGACAUCCUGACAUUCUCGGCUGCCCACGCCCCAGUGUCAGACCCGGCCAUGCCCUGGCUGGGGGGCGUGGGUUCAUUAAAUGCACGGGUCCCGUCCCGUUUCCACUUGCGCACCUCGGGAUAACGUUACCAGAAUCGAAGCACUCGGCCUGCCACCCUGCCCUGGCAGGAGAACAAGACAGAGUGGACGCACCGGGCACCUCUGAGGCUGUCCGGUGGGCUUUUUUUUAUGGCACCCCGAAGCUUCCGCAGCGGCUAGUGGUCGAAUGCGCGCCGCCUUCCUCCACCGCCCCUGUCACUUCGCCAAAGUGAAAUGAUUAGACCUUUCUCCGUGGCACCUGGGCACUCGCGUCCCCUCUUUCCCAUUCAGGAUAUGUCGAGGUCGGCGCAUCUAUAAAAGAAAAAGAAGGGGGGCACCAAGAAGGGGACGGAGAGACGAACAACGAAAAAGAGGAGGACAAGAGAAAAACAAGAGGUCAGUCGAAGAACAAGAAAUCACCACCCCCGAUCACAAGACAAUCAAGAAACCAGCUAGCUAGAACAUAAGAGCCUCCUGCUCUUUGUAAACAGCUCUCCCUCGAGAACCAGAUAUACCCUUGAAGGAUCUCCUUCAAGGAUAGAUAUAACACUCAUACAGGAGUAGGGUGUUACGCCUCCGCGCGGCCCGAACCUGUCCAAAAACCCGGUGUCCCCGCAAGCCAUCGCAUUUUAUUUCCUUUUCCGCUCAUUUCCCGUGCAAGCUUUUCUAGGAUCAUCCCCCCGGCCGAAUCUCUAAAAAGGGGUCUCUCGGGAUCCCUGCGACAGGAGUUCGCUCUCCGACAAACACCUAUAUAUACAUUUAACUAGAAACUCAUAGAUUUUCAAGCACUUCAAGAAGGUGGCCAACGACACCUUUCAUUCCCUUCAUCCGAUCUGGAUCUAUGUUUCCAUUUACGCGCAGCAUAUUAUAGCAAAAUUUCUGUUCAUCCCUCUCUUUAGUCUAUGAAAUUUAUAAACAUUUUCCCCCAUUUUAGCUAUUAAAAUGCUCCAUUUCGUCCAGACUCAAUGGAUCUGGAAGAAGUCCUUGAUCGGUUUGGGUUUGAUCUUGCAGAGCCUGUGCAGCCACCUGGGCUUAGCAACAUGCUCAUGCUCAUGCUCCAUCGCCUCUACCUCCACAACUACCAACAGAACCCUCCCCCCCCCCCCCCACCGGCGGAGCCGCCCGCUGCCACACCCAUACACUCGAUAGGCGAUUCUACCAUAAUAUUCACAUACCCGAAAUGAUUUGGAGGAGACUGUUCCGUACCUCCUGUAGCCACUCCUGGUCACCGGCGCGCCGCCUCCGGUGAUGUUGCUGCUUCCCUCCACACGUGCACCUGGGGGCAGCCUCCAGGAUACUCUUACCGUCUCUAUCAACCUUCCUCCGCCCUCGCGUGUGCCACCGUCGCUGCUCCUCGCUUUCGCCUCUUCGGCCCGAACGCGCGCCCGUAACCGCCUGCUCCUACCCCGCAUGGGAACCUCUCUCUUAUCCCAUCCAACGCUGACCCGCGACGGGAAGCCUUUGGAGCUCGCGUUUCAUUCUCAUCAUGGUCCUUUUCCAUUGUGAGGGGAAUGAGAACCGCGAUGAGAACCUGUUGGAGAUGGCCUUACCCUCUCGUGUCUCAUCCGAGCAAGGUGGUGACUUUGAUCAUAAUAUUUUUAUAAUGCAUUUUUCAUGAUAAUAAGAUUAUGAUCAUUGUAAACUACUUUCAAAUACUAAUAGAAGGGUACCAAUUUUAUAUCGCAAAAUCUUUGUAGGGUUAGACUAAUUGUUAAUUAAAAAUUAAAAAAAAUGAAUCUUGCAACGCGUGUCGGCGUGUGCACCUUAUAAAAAGAAAUAGAGUAGCUUCUUUUAACGGCUUUGCAAGUUAUACAAAUGUUGGUUAUUUGAUUCAAUUUGUCAAGAAAAAUAUGACUUCUGCUUUAAUAAGACAAGUGGUAAACUCCACGGUUUGCCGCCCAAAAACUUUGAUGCUCUUGAGCUCUUCUCCUGUGCUGCCGUACAAAGCACACACCGACACACGUGUUCGCUCGGCACGGUGGAUGUGGUCUGGCCGGCCGCCGUGAAACGCAGGCGGUUCUCUAAUCAGUCUGCGCGAAAGCUGCGAGCUCGUUUCGCUGUGUGUGGAUUAACCCAGACGCCGUGAAAUCCUCGUGCAACUGGGAUGGGAAUCAAUAGGUGGUUAUCCAUCCAGAUACUCUUGAGGUUUGGACGCGCACGUGCAGCUCCUGCGCAUGAGUGACAGGACGCGGAAUUGUAUCGCCACCUCUGGGCUCACGAGUUGAAUUCGCCGUUUCCAAGCCGUCGGCUGGAAAUGCAACUCUCUAUGGACGUGCAGAGAGGAACGACGCAGACUAUCCGUUUCCUCCCUCCGCCUACGCGGCUGAACUGAAGCCGUCGCGUUUCCUUCCUCAUGGCCAUGGGGAUCUCCUCCUCCGCCGCCGCCGGAGCCGCCCUCCUCGUCGCCGCCCUGCUGCUGGUGCUGCCGCCCACGGCGGCGCCCUUCUCCUUCACGUAUAACUUCACCUCCCCCUCGGACACCCCGCCCCCUGGGAUCGCCUUCCAGGGGGACGCCUUCUACAACAAGGCCGUCCGCCUCACCCGCGACGAGCGCCUCGGCCCCAUCACCAGCAGCGCCGGCCGCGCCUUCUUCUCCCGCGCCGUCCCGCUCGCCGACCCCGUCUCCCGCCGCCCGGUCUCCUUCGCCACCGCCUUCGCUUUCUCCAUCGCCGCGCCCGACCCGGCCUCCGCCUCGGGCGAUGGGCUCGCCUUCUUCCUCUCCCCGUUCCCCUCCGUCCUCCUCGACAGCUCUGCCGGGGGACUUCUCGGCCUCUUCAACUCCUCCUCCGCCCGCGGGGGCGGGGGACGGCUCGUCGCCGUCGAGUUCGACACCUACAGGAACGAGUGGGACCCCAGCGACGACCACAUCGGCGUCGAUCUCGGCGGGAUCGUCUCCUCCGCCACCGCCGACUGGCCCACCAGCAUGAAGGACGGCCGCACGGCGCACGCGCGCGUAGCGUACGACGGCGACGCCAAGAACCUCACCGUCGCGCUCUCCUACGGAGACGCGCGCCCCGCCGCCACGGACGUCCUGCUUUGGUACGCCGUCGAUCUGAGGGACUACCUGCCGGACUCCGUGGCCGUCGGAUUUUCCGCCGCCACGGGCGAGGCCGCGGAGCUGCACCAGGUGCUGUACUGGGAGUUCACCUCCACCGUCGACCCCAAGGAGGAGACGGUGAUCUUGUGGGUGGUGCUAGGAUUGUGCGCGUUGCUUCUUGUGCUUGUCGGCGCAGGGGUCGUUUGGUUCGUGAGGCAGUGGAGGAAGGCCGGAGAACUCAUCGACGGUGACAUCGACAUCGACGACGUGAUGGGAGGCGAUUACGAUGAGCUUGCCGAUGAGUUUGUAGUCGAGAGCGGCCCGAGAAGGUUCCGGUACGGCGAAUUGGCGACGGCGACGAAGAAUUUCGCCGAGGACAGGAAGCUCGGGCAGGGCGGGUUCGGCGCCGUGUACCGGGGCUUCUUGAAGGAGCUCGGCUUGGAGGUGGCCAUCAAGAGGGUGUCCAAGGGCUCGACGCAGGGGCGCAAGGAGUACGCGGCCGAGGUGCGCAUCAUCAGCCAGCUGCGCCACCGCCACCUCGUCCGCCUGGUCGGCUGGUGCCACGAGCACCGCGGCGACUUCCUGCUCGUGUACGAGCUCAUGCCCAACGGGAGCGUCGACCACCACCUCUACGGCAAGAGCGUGCUCCUCACCUGGCCGAUGCGGUACGACAUCGCACUAGGCCUCGCGUCGGCUAUGCUCUACCUCCACGAGGAGUGUAUGCAGUGCAUUGUCCACCGCGACAUUAAGCCGAGCAAUGUCAUGCUGGACGCUACCUUCAGCGCUAAGCUCGGGGACUUUGGCCUUGCCAAGCUUGUUGAGCAUGGCAGCCAGCCAUACACCACUGCCCUGGCCGGCACAUUGGGCUACUUAGCGCCAGAAUGCGUGAUGACAGGCAAGGCAAGCCGGGAAUCGGACGUGUACAGCUUCGGUGUCGUGGCACUGGAGAUCGUGUGCGGACGACGGCCGGCGGAGCUCACUGAGGAGCCAAGCAAGGCAAGGCUGGUGCCAUGGGUGUGGGAGCUGUAUGGGAAGAACGCCCUUCUUGAAGCAGCAGACUGUAGGCUAAUGGGGCAGUUUGAGGAGAAGCAGAUGGAGCGUGUGGUGGUUGUAGGAUUGUGGUGUGCUCAUCCUGACUAUGCGCACAGGCCAAGCAUCAGGCAGGCCCUGAACGUGCUUAAGUUCGAGGCGCCAUUGCCUGUGCUGCCACCGAAGAUGCCGGUGCCGACAUACUUCCCGCUGCCUCCUCAUUUAGUUGCUCCGAUCUCUGUUGAAGGCACGUCCAGCACCGAUGACCCAGGUGUCAGUGAUUAUGGAUCCUCAGGGUCUCAUAAUGCCGGGAAAGGUUCGUCAGUCACGCAUAGGCUACUGGAGCCAUGACUUUCUUGCACUUGGGUGCAUUUUUUGCCAAGAUUUUUUGAUGUUUCAGUUUGUUAUGUUGCUUGGUGUUUUGGCUGCAUACGUGAUGGACUGAUUAUACGAAUUGAGAUUCGUUUGUACAGCAUCAAAAUAUGCUGAAUUGUUGAUUCGAAGGAGCGGAUAACGUGAAAUUGCUUGUACU